CGUUCGGUAGUAGGCCAUGCUUCCAGUGAGCGCACGCAGUACCGCUUCAGUGAUCCGCUGAAAUUCGUUCGGUCUUGUUCGUGUUCCGUGUGACCCGGUUCAACAUUUGCCGUCCAUCAUUGUAGUGCCGUACGAUACACCUGUCCGAGAAUCCCCCGUUUGAAAGAAUGGCCGGGUUCUUAAGGCAACUGUCCUGCAUACUGUGCAGUAUGAUGCUCCUGUUUUGCGGAGGCAUGCACAUCGGCUGGAGCAUCACGCACCUGUACAUGGGCGGCAACCGAUGGGCGGUGGGCAUCUCGGUGGACGAGUUCCGGUUCGCAAUCCUUUCCUUCUUUACCGGCUGCGGGUUUAUCAUACUGAUUGUAGCAGCCACCAAAGCACUGCUUCCGACGCGCGUCUGGAUAAUGAUGUCGGCAUUCUUCUUCAUGAUCAAUGGCGUCUUUUUCAUCGCAAUGCCUACUUACUAUGCAGCAACGGUCGCUACUAGGAUAGUUGCCGGCUUCGGGCACGGAAUCUGUCACGUUGUAUCGAUCAUCUACGUGGGUGAGAUUGCGUCCCGUAACUACAGGGGCAAACUGGUAGCCAUACUCGUGUCCUCCAUCAUCGGUGGCAUUGCACUGUUCACCGUCCUCUCGAUGGUAACGACCAACCCGAUUUUCAUCGUGGAACCCAACAUGCACGCAAACCGUGCCGUCGGUAUCGUCAUUCUGUCGCUCAGCACCUUCGCCCUGCUGAUGGCCUGGUUCCUGGUGAUUGAAUCUCCCAUCCACACGCUGACGACAUCGGGCAACGAAUCGCUUGCCAGGGCCAACCUGACCAAGCUGCGCGGUCUCUCGCUGGAAUCGCCCUCCGUGAUGGACGAGUUCGAGGACAUGAAAACGCUCGCCGCCGAGAGCGAGAGCCUGUCGCCGUUCUUCCUCAGCCAGGGCAACUUUCCCCCGUUCCAGCUGGUGCUGCUGGUGAAGCUGGCCAAUCUGCUGUUCUUCAACUACUCCAUGAACACGGCCAAGAUGUCGCUGAUGUCGCUCAUGUUUACGCUGACGGUUUUCACGCACAACUGGGCACCACCGCUGCUGAUGCUGAGCAAGUUCGCCGGAUCGUUGUUUGCGAUCCUGAUCAUCGAUCUGCUGCCGCGCCGGUUCAUGUACGGCAUUUCGUCCACGUUCACCGGUACGUUCAUGCUGGCGCUCGGCAUUAUACUGGCCACGUACGACGUCGUUGCCACCUGGAUACCGCCCUUCCUGUACCUGGUGGCGGAGGUGUUCAACACCUUUGGCAUGCUGCCCGUGUCGGAGAUUAUGCUGUCGGAAGCGUUCCCACCGAAGAAGCGGGCCCUGUCCGUUUCGUCCAUCCUGAUUUGCGAGUACGUCGGCCACAUGGUGGUGUACAUCAUCUACUUCAACGUGCCCAGCACGCUCACCAACACCUACAUCAAGACGCUCGUGUUUGCGGGUGUGAUUUUGCUCAAGUGUCUCAUCGCGGUACUUACCAUACCGGACACCAGAAACAAAUACCCGCGGGAGGCCGUUCAUAUGUACAUGCAUAAGAAAAAAUAAAUCACACCCAAAAACACCAACA